AUGGGUCCCUGGAAGCGCCCCGGUGAAAUACCGUUUCCAAAGGUUUGGCACACGUUUCAGGCUCGAGAUCCGAAAACCAAACAAAACGUGACUUAUCGUGUACAAGAUCUACCACCGGAUCGACUGGAGGAUGCAGUAAAUCACAUGUGCAAAUACUUCCUGUGCGAUGAACCAAUUUGUGCAAGUUUGAAUCUAUCGCAAGAUGCAGUAGGCGUAGAGGAAAUUUCAUCGGUAUGGCGAUCGGUUGCACAGCAACGGUGUGUCAUCGUUUGUUUUCGAGAGGGCCACGAUGAAAUUGUCGGAAUAAAUGUGCUAACGGUGGUUUCCAAAGAUGAUCCAGAACUGUUUUCGAAAUUCAAAAGUGCCGGAGUGCAGGCCUUCGUCGACUGUACCGUCUACAUGACGCAGCAAGCCAAUUUGUUUGAGAGAUACCCUCAAGCGGAUGGUCGAUUCCUUUCUGCCUGGGGACUGUCCGUACAUCCGGAAUACCGCAGAUGCGGCCUCGCGACGGAGAUUCUACGAGCGCGCAUUCCAUUCUGUCGGGCGAUGGGAUUGCGACUAAGUGCAACGGUGUUCUCACAUCCUGGCUCACAGAUCCCGGCCGCAACCGUUGGUUUCCGCGAUGUGGUAGUGGAGCGGUUUAUCGAUUUAACCGCCAUAGGAUUUCGAUUCCCCGUCAAAGUGGAUUUGGAUAAGUUGAUGGUACUGGAAAUUUGAUGAGUGACAAUUCCGUGUCGACACAGCGGGUUCGAGUUAAACUUCGAUGACAAGAAUUUAAAUGUAAACAAAACGUGAA